CAGUGUGCCGAUCGUAAACACGUGUGGCGAGUCACUAACGUUAGAGUGUUGAAGAUCAUUCAGCUUCGCUGGUCAUUAGAGUUAUUUCUUUCGUUUAUUUGCUAAUCUUUAGACGUGCUUCUGUUUAGUUAAAUAGUACUGUCCUCCGUGAAGCUCAAGCCGAGAGGACCUGUGUGUUUAUAAGUUACGUUAGUCGCAGAUUAAAACACAAUGACUGAAGCUGAAGUGAACCCGAAAGCCUAUCCUCUGGCAGACGCCACGCUCUCCAAAACCAUUCUGGACCUGGUGCAGCAGGCCUCGAACUACAAACAGUUGAGAAAAGGGGCCAAUGAAGCCACCAAAACUCUUAACCGUGGGAUUUCUGAGUUCAUUGUGAUGGCGGCUGAUGCUGAACCUUUGGAGAUCAUCCUGCACCUGCCGCUGCUGUGUGAGGAUAAGAACGUGCCGUAUGUGUUCGUGCGCUCUAAACAGGCUCUCGGACGUGCUUGUGGAGUGUCGAGACCUGUCAUUGCCACCUCAGUCACCAUCAAGGAGGGAUCGCAGCUGAAACCUCAGAUUCAGUCUGUGCAGAUGGCUAUUGAAAGACUCCUAGUUUGAGCUCAUACUUCUUACACAUUUGUUUUCAGGUUUUAUAAAUGAUUUCUUUUUGUGCAAUCCUUAAGGAUUUUUUUUUCUUUUUGUAUGUUAGAAACAAUGUUGAGUGUGUUCCUCAGCAGUUGACAGCCGAAAUAAAGUUCGGUUCAAAUCAAA